GCAAAAGAAGGGGACUUCCUCACUCCGCGUGAUUCAAAUUAGGUUAACGAAGGAUGCAUGUGUGAAAUAUACACAUACACGCAAGUACUCACCUAAGUACUCACGCAUGUACUAACGAAUGUACCCACGCACGUACACACACAUGUACAAACAAUGUACACACACUGAUAAGGAUAAAGCAAAGGAAGUUUUUUUCGGCGUACGUUUACCGUGUCAUUUUAUUUCCCACCCCGCCUGCACUUCCUUGCGUGUCCAACGCGUCCACCUUUUUUUUUUUUUUUUGCGUAUUUUCCGCACCGCCCAUUUUUUGUGUAUUUUGACCACUGCCUCCGUUGAGUUUCCAUUGUCCUGUCGUUUCCACUUGGCCUCGCGUAGCCCCCUCCACCUUACGCGCGUGACAUUGCUCCCCUUUAUGCCUCCCCCCGAAGUCGCCAACUAUGAAUUUUUGUAAAACGGUGUUCAAUGUUUUUUUUGUCUUGUUGUUUAUAAGCAGUUACGAAAUUAAAUGUCAGCUGCGAUUCGCCUCUCUGGGGGACUGGGGAAAAGAGUCCAAGUCCCAAUUGCUGAAUGCCAAGUAUUUCAAGCAGUACAUAAAGAAUGAGCGGGUGACCUUUAUAGUGAGUCCUGGUUCGAAUUUCCUAGAUGGGGUGAAAGGUUUGGAUGACCCCUCGUGGAAGAGUCUCUACGAAGAUGUAUACGCAGAAGAAACUGGAGACAUGUACAUGCCCUUCUUCACCGUGUUGGGGACUCGCGAUUGGGCAGGCAACUACAAUUCAGAGUUGUUAAAAGGUCAGGGCAUGUAUCUUAACAAAGAUGGACAGACUAGCAUAGAAAAGGACAUAGAUAAGACCCCCUACCCUAAGUGGAUCAUGCCAAAUUAUUGGUACCAUUAUUUCACCCACUUUACUGUGUCUAGUGGACCCUCUAUUGUGAAGACAGGCCAUAAGGACAUGGCUGCUGCGUUCAUUUUUAUAGACACUUGGAUACUGUCUUCAAAUUUCCCCUACAAGAAAAUACACCAAAGGGCGUGGUCAGAUUUAAAGGCACAAUUAAAUGUCGCCAAGAAAAUUGCAGAUUACAUCAUUGUUGUGGGAGACCAACCUAUUUACUCCUCCGGAUCCUCUAGAGGAAAUUCGUACCUUGCUUACUACCUAUUACCAUUACUGAAGGACGCUCAAGUGGAUUUGUAUAUAUCGGGGCAUGACCAUAACAUGGAGGUUUUAGAAGAUAGCGAAAUUGCUCACAUAACCUGUGGGUCCGGUACCCUCUCGGGUGCAAAAGGCACCAUGAAAAAUGGCAAGUCCCUAUUCUACAGCAAUGACAUUGGAUUUUGUAUUCACGAGCUGAGCAGUAAUGGCAUCAUCACAAAAUUUGUAAGUGGGAAAAGUGGCGACGUUAUUUAUACGCAUAAAUUAAAUUUGAAGGGGAAGAAAUCUCUAGAUAAGGUAAACUCGCUGCAGUACUUUGCAUCACUCCCAAAGGUGCAACACGUUGAUAUUCCUGCCAGCGGACCUAUGGGGAAUAAAGAUUCCUUCGUAAGAAUUGUCGGCACCAUCGGUAUCCUCAUAGGAUCUGUAAUUGUUUUUAUAGGUGCAUCUUCUUUUUUAUCCAAAAAUAUCAAGUGA